AAUAGAAUCGCCUCCACUGAGAACUAGAAAGUAACCACAGGAAGUUAGUGGGGCAGUAAGAGGAGAAAUGGAUCUACCGACUGUCCCAUGUCCCAUCCCUCACUUCCUACUGUCAUCGAAGGUGUCUCAUAUCAACAUGAACACACAUUAUGUUGUUCAUUCUUGCUGAUCAUAUAUCUCUUCCUCUCAGUCCUCGUCUACAAACUCUCCAACGUAAAUAUAUGUGAUCUGGAAAAAUCACUCCAGCACACAGAGACGUGGUUUCCGUACUGGAAUACAAGGGAGGUGGUAGAGAUGGUCUCAGUGAUCCUUUCUUUCGUGAAGCAUGGGGUAUGAGUCAUCUCAGCCAAUGAAGUCACAGGCUUUGCACCAUCACUCAGGAGUAAUAACAUGGCGUUUUUAACUAGGAUUUUAUUUCCUUUUCUUUCCUUUUUCCCCCUGAUUUUAUGAUCUAAGAAACUUCUGCUUAUGGGUGCUACUUCCAUCAUACACAGAGGCUAAUGUUUCUCAGGAGCUAGGCACUUCCCUUCUUCAAUUUCUUUGAUGUCCUAUAGUCCAAAUUUUGUUGUGAGGUAUAGUCACUGAGUCUCAAUUUAAUCCCCAUCCUUCCUUCCAGUAUCGUCUCUCCAAAGCCCACUGACAAGGCCAGAAACAGAAAGGUUGCCUGGAGGAAAGAGGGAGAGAAUGCGGUGAAAUAGCUCUGUAGACAACUAGAGUUGGGGCACUCGAUGAAGAAGGCUUUAGGAACAAAGCCUGCCUGGAUUGGGAAAUUCGUCCGCGCCCUUCUGCGGUCAGCAGACGCGAACGUGAUUGCGGUGGACUGGGUGUAUGGGGCCUCCGGUGUCUACUACUCAGCCGUGGAAAACGUGGUUAAGCUGGGAAUUGAGAUCUCCCGUUUCCUCAGUAAACUCCUGGCGCUGGGUGUGUCGGAGUCCGCGGUCCACAUCAUUGGUGUUAGCCUGGGGGCCCACGUUGGGGGCAUGGUGGGACAUUUCUACAAAGGCCAGUUGGGAUGGAUUACAGGCCUGGACCCCGCUGGACCGGAGUAUACCAGAGCCAGCCUGGAGGAGCGCCUAGACCCUGGAGACGCCCUCUUUGUGGAAGCCAUCCACACAGACACUGACAAUUUGGGUAUUCGGAUUCCUGUGGGACACGUGGACUACUACGUCAACGGAGGCCAAGACCAACCUGGCUGUCCCAGCUUUCUUCACGCAGGCUACAGUUAUCUGAUCUGUGAUCACAUGAGGGCUGUGUACCUUUAUAUCAGCGCCCUGGAGACUUCCUGUCCGUUGAUGGCCUUUCCCUGUACCAGCUACAAGGCCUUCCUUGCUGGACACUGUCUGGAUUGUUUUAAUCCUUUUCUGCUUUCCUGUCCACAGAUCGGCCUGGUGGAACAAGGUGGUGUCAAGAUAGAGCCACUUCCCAAGGAAGUGAGAGUUUACCUGCUGACCACUUCGAGGGCUCCAUACUGUGUGCAUCACAGGCUCGUGGAGUUUCACUUGCAGGAGCCAAGAAACAAGGACACCAGGAUCGUGGUCACCUUCCUUAGCAGCAAUGUCACCUCUUCGGUCAAGAUCACCAUACCUAAGCAGCAACUGCAGGGGAAAGGAGUCCUCGCUCACCCCGACCCUCAGUGCCAGAUACACCAAGUGAACCUCAAGUUGCAGGCUUCCCAUCGGGUUUGGAGAAAAGACCGGACGACCAUUGCUGGGAAGCUCUGCACUGCUCCUUUGCCUGUCCAUGACAAUAAAAAGAUGGUCUGCUUACCUGAGCCAGUGAACUUACAAGCGGAUGUGACUGUUUCUCGUGACCUGAAAAUAACAUGUGUGUAGUAUAAACCUGGGCAGGAUGCAUUUCUCUGGACUUCGGGGGGGUGGGGGGGAAUGGGGGGGCAACUUAUUCUCGGCCAUUAUUACUAAGAAGGAAGGCAAAGCUCUUGUUUAUUUUCCCCAUAAGUCAACACCUGAGAGGGGAGAGACAGUUCAUUUUACAGAGCUUUAUCUCCAUUGCCAAUUGGAAGAGCCUUCCAGGGAUACCCUUUCAGCUUUCCUAGUCAUACUUCAGAGCAAUUACCCCCUCACCCUUGGGCAUCUGUACCUAGGAUUCAAUAGAAAUACAUACAGGGAAAAUGCUUUUUAAAAAAUAAAACUCCAUGGAAUA